UCUUAUUUUUCUCCAUUCAAAUGUGUUUCUACGAUAUAUCACGAUUUAUUUAGUGGAUUAUUUAAUAAGGAUUUUGCUUACCUUGCCAUACUUCGAAGUAUAUUUUAUUUGAUCCUCUUGUGGCUCUCUCCUGAAAAGUAUAAGGCUCAGUGCAUGUUUUCGUUGCUGAACAAACGGGAGAACGCCCAUUCGGAGGGCAUAUGGGCUUGUGCCUGGGGCCACUACGUUCCAAAGGAAAAGGAUAAAGAGAAGGUGGCUGAGGAUGAAGAAAACGGUGAAAAUAAGGAAAAUGAAAGCGCCAACAACGAGGCAGAUGAAAAUCUUCCUGACGUGGAGGAAAGGUACAUCGUAACUGGUGGAUUGGAUGACUUGGUGCGUAUUUGGCGUUGGUCUGGAGACGGUGUCGAAGGGGAGCUAACCAGCAUGCAUACCUUGGAAGGCCACUCUUUGGGAGUCAUAUCGGUUGAUGUCAACGCUGCUGGAACCAUCGCUGCCUCGUCGUCUUUGGAUUCAACCAUACGUUUGUGGAGCAUCCACACAGGAACGCAGUUGCAAACCAUAGAUUGUGGUCCAGUUGAAGCAUGGUCGGUUGUGUUUUCUCCCGACGGGAGCCAAGUUGCGUCAGGUAACCACGCCGGUAAGAUCAACGUGUACGCAGUUGAUGGAGGACGCCACGUAACCACGCUGGACACCAGAGGAAGAUUUACUUAUUCAAUUGCUUAUAGUAAAGAUGGGAAGUACGUAGCAAGUGGAGCCAUUGACGGCUUCAUCAACAUCUUUGACGUUGAGAGUGGCAAGCUUGUCCACACCAUUGAAGGCCACGCUAUGACGAUCCGUUCCAUCACUUUCUCACCUGACUCCCAACUUCUCUUGAGCGCUGCUGAUGACGGGCAUAUGAAGAUGUACGACGUAAACUCGAGUCAUCUAGCAUGUACGCUCUCCGGUCAUGGUUCUUGGGUAUUGAGUGCAGACUUUGCACCAGAUCAACAGCACUUUGUGUCUUCGUCUUCGGAUCACACAGUCAAGGUUUGGGACUUCGCGCAGCGCAACUGUGUCCAUACGUUUAAGGAUCAUUUGGAUCAGGUUUGGUGUGCAAGGUACAGUCAUGACAGCAGCAAGAUAGUGAGUGUCUCAGAAGAUAGGAGUGUGAUGGUCUUCAAUUCACCUGUGUAAAGAUUCAUGUUAUUAAUGUUUGUGACAGAAAGACAUGCUUGCUUUAUCUUCAGAUUGUUAAAGGACUCUGUAACCAGAUAAGUUAAUCACGUUUAUUUAAAGGGAAGUGGACACUGAAUAUUUGUAUAUAACUUUUUGUUUAUUGGUAACAAAUUAAUUAGAAAAGCAGAGAUUUUUAUAUGGUUUAUUUGUACCAGGUUUGGUUUUGAUCAAAGAAAACAAGACUUGUAGAUCUGAUAUCCCUUGAACUGGCACAAAAAAUAAAGACAUUAGUGAGUGAGGUUUUGCAUCUGUGAAAGUGUGAAUUAAAACUAUUUCUCCCUGAAAAAGUCUGAAGAUGAAAAUUGCAACACGAAGGGCACUAUUUGCAGCCCCGAUAUCACUUCCUUUUUGACUGACGUACGGUCAUAUAUAACCAAAAUGUUGUUGUCAUUUAUGCUUCUUAUUAUUAAAGAAAUAAUUUUU